AUGAAGGAGAUUAUCACAGCAAAGGCACACAUACUCUUCCAAAGCCUCUACGAUUCCUUGUGGGAGACACUUGCAGCGAAUAUUGAACAUCUCUCCCUCACCCCCAACACAUUACUAACAAACAGCAUGGCCCACGAAAACGUUUGGUUCUCCCACCCAAGACACUACGGUAAGGGUUCUAGAAAGUGUAGAGUUUGUGCUUCUCACUCCGGUUUGAUCAGAAAGUACGGUUUGGACAUCUGCCGUCAAUGUUUCAGAGAGAGAGCCUCUGACAUCGGUUUCCACAAGUACCGUUAA